AUGCGAUGCUUCUUGGAUAUGAAGGAAGGGAAAGGCUUAAGAGGCUACUCUAAGGAAAAUCUUGAUGGAGGAAACAAGAGUUCAGAGUAUAUUCAUGACAUUGUCGUCAAACAUGUUGAUCGCCAUAACCUUUUGCGCCCUAAAACCGUUGAAUCAUUGUUUGUUCUAUAUCGUAUCACAAAAGAUUCAAAAUAUCGUGAAUGGGGUUGGUCAAUUUUCGAGGCGUUUGAGAAGUACACAAAGUGUUCACCAGAAAAAUUUAUGGCAUUGGAAGUUACCCAAAUUCUGUUGAAUGCACAAGCUGUUGAUGGAUCUGUUCGGAAGCAUGCUGAAGAGAGUUUAAAGGAAUUUCAGGAGCAAAAUCUACCUGGAUUUCUGUUAUCUCUCUCUGGAGAACUUGCUCAUGAUGAGAAGCCUGUUGAUAGUCGUAAACUAGCUGGUUUGAUUCUCAAGAAUGCUUUAGAUGCAAAAGAGCAACAUAGAAAGUAUGAACUCAUCCAAAGAUGGUUAUCACUUGAUGUGGGUGUGAAAUCACAAAUUAAGACAUACCUAUUACAGACACUCACCUCUCCUGUUCAUGAGGCAAGAUCAACUGCAUCACAAGUUAUAGCUAAAGUUGCUGGAAUAGAGCUUCCACAAAAACAAUGGCCUGAGCUCAUCGGCUCCCUUCUAUCAAACAUUCACCAAGUCGCUGUUCAUGUCAAGCAAGACACUUUAGAAACUCUGGGGUAUUUGUGUGAAGAAGUUUCUCCAGAUGUUGUAGAACAAGAUCAUGUGAAUAAAAUCCUCACAGCUGUUGUUCAAGGCAUGAAUUCAAGUGAAGCUAGUAAUGAUGUAAGACUCGCUGUAACUAGAGCAAUUUACAAUGCUCUUGGUUUUGCUCAAGCAAAUUUCACCAAUGAAAUGGAACGUGAUUAUAUUAUGAGAGUUGUUUGUGAAGCAACUUGUCUUGGUUUAGUUGCAAGAACAGUAGGAAAUGAUAUUGUUCCACUUUCGACUCCUUUAGUCAAUGUUGCUCUAAACCACAAGCAAGUCAUGGCGACUAUGGUUCAUGAAGGAUCUUAUUUUCAUGAGGCUCAAUUUGAUUCAAAGAUGAAAGAGUUGCUUUCAUCUGAUGGACUUGUCUUUUUCACAUCAUAUGAUUUUUUUACCCAUAAUGGAUAA